AAAUUUGAGGAAUACAAGUUGCAUUAUCUCUUGCUAAGAAGAUAGUGAAAGCCACAUGGGGGAGUUGUACAGAAAGACAGUAAAUCCACAAAUACUACUUAAGAAAUCCUUCAAGAAGACAAAGAACCUCCUCCUCAAAACUCUACAUAAUCUCAAGUCAUUUCUCUUUAAAGGUCACCAUAAGUUACCUAAAGUUUGUCACUUUAAUCCCUUCUUCUCUGGCAGCAAUCGAAUUCCAAAUAGCAUAAUUCAAGAGUUGGAUGAUUUCUACAGAGACUUUCCUCAACAAUGGGAACAUUGUGACCUUAAUGAGGUUCCAGAGAGAAAUAAUAUUUGUGAAGAAUCAGUAGAGAACACUAUGGAAAAUCAAGAAAGAAUGAGAAAAGAGGAGAAGGAAAGAGCAACAUUUAAUGAAGAAAAUAUAGGAGAGGCUUUUCUUCAAAGCACAAGUAAAGGUCAGAUUUUAGCACAGAAGAUGAAGGAAUUAGAUUUGUUGGAUGAGGAAGAUUUGGAACAAAUGCUGGACAUAGAAGAAGUGCUACACUAUUACUCUCACCUAAACUGUCCAUUUUACCUUGACAUUGUUGACAAGUUUUUCAUGGACAUGUAUACUGAGUUCUCACUUCCACAGCCAUUCAUCAAUAUCAACGGUUCAAUGCGAAGUCUUGGUCCUACUGAGCUCUAGAAACUACUGGAUUUUUCGUUGACUCUCUGUGUCUUUGUAUGCCAGUGCAAUUUUCCAAGCUAGCCAACUUCUUCAUUGUCUGUUCAAUUCAAAUGGAUUCCUAUAUUGAGUAAUUUCAGAAAAUCCUUGGAUCUCUAUUUCUUGAUCAAGUUUCUUUAAGAAGUGAGUUAUGUGACAGUAGUACAUUCAUUAUUUAUAUUUUGGAUGGCAUUUGCUCUAUUAAGUGUAAUGUAGCAGAGUGAUUAUUGAUCUGCACUAUAUGCCGCGAAGAGAAAUAUGAACACAUUCUGUCCUUGAAGCUGUUCUACCUCAUUUAUCUGCCAUAAAAGAAUACCUCUCAUUUUCCCCAGUUUCCAUUCUACCAUUCUAAUAAAGGGCAACCCGAUGCACUAAGCUCUUGCUAGGGGAGGGGGAUCCGGGGAAGGGCCGGACUACAAGGGUCUAUCGUACGCAGCCUUAACCUGCACUUCUGUAAGAGACUGUUUCCACGGCUCGAACCCGUGACCUCCUGAUCAUAUGAACUUUACUAGUUACGCCAAGGCUCCCCUUCCAUCCUACCAUUCUAAUGCAUGACAUUAUUGUUUUGCUAUAGAUAAAAACCACCUGUUGUGACUUUAAAUGAAGAAACAUGGUCAAUGAAGAUUCAUAUUGCCGACCCCAACUUGUUUGAGACUGAAGCAUAAUUGUUGUUUACCGAAAAAGUAAACCAAGAAGGUGGAUAUUAAACAUAUGAUAUGGCAAAAGAAAAAAAGAACAUUGAGGACAUUGAAGCCUCAUUACAUCCAAGUUGGUUCUAUAAUAAAUCUUCUUUAUCAUGAUGUUCACUAUCAUUCUCUAAAUUGAUCAACAUGCAUUCCUUAUUAACUUUCUGAGAAAGCCAAGCUAUAAACCAUUUGGGACUGAGGCUUUGUCAUGGGUAAAGAAAGUAGAAAUAGCUAGUCAGAUUCAAUGUUUACCUUUUCUAGCCGAUAUCCA